AUGAUCGGAGCAGACCCUGUACUGACAGCUGUCUGGGUUCAGGUCUUGAUGGACGAAAAGGUUUCUUCGCUUUUCUGACAGUUCUUGAGUCUUGGUAUUUCAUGAUUGCAGGUAAUCUUUAAAAAUGUUUUUUCCCCGUUGACUUUCCUGCCUUGUACCAUGGUGAUGAAUUAAGUUGUUUUAGGCACUGUUAUCAUGCAGCUUGGGGUAGCCACUCAGCUGUUGUUGUCAGAAGAAUUGAUGUGGUAGUCUUCAACAUGGCUGCCAGGAGACAUGAUACGUCACCUGGCAACCCUCUAUACAAAAAAAACAAGCUGGUUUCAUGAUAUGUUACAAUAUACAUGGGGUGCUGCUACAGAUUAAAAGGAAGAUAAGUUUCAAUAGUGUAUUACCACAGUAUGUUCAUCUGGGAAGUGCCUUUGCUUUAGUAUAGGCAACAUUGAAGAUUAGUCUGUGUUUGUUUGAUUAAGUCUGUGUUUGUUGUGUGAAACCUAAUCAUUGAUCAGUAAAAAAGGAAGUCAUCCAUUAGUGAAUGCAUUACAACGACAUCCACAGACUCACAAUGAAAGCAAGUAGUUGGUAUGUUGUAGCCAUGCAGGUGCAUAUUGGGUAAGUAAUGGUUAUGGUGCUGAUUGAUUUCUUAGUCCAGGGUCCCUCCACGGUUCACUGCUGUUUAAUCUAAGAGAGGGUUUACAGCCAAUCUGGGUCAUUAUGGAGGCUGGUUGAGUCAAAUCAAACCAUUGAGGGUGUGAGAUGGAGGAGGUGAAAGGGUUUUCACACCCAGGAAAUGGGUCAGAAAGCAUCCAUAUUAAUUCACUGAAUGAAACAUUCAAUUAAACACACACUCACAUAAACACACUUGAGUGUUACUGUACAUGUAAAUUAUGGUAACAACAACUUGAUUAAUAUUUGAUGUCUUUAAUUUCCAUGAACAUGGCAGACUGUACCAUAUGGCUCGGGGGCUCAGUGGCGCCAACAUCUUACCUCGAUGAAUUUCACAGACCCACUUAUCAGCAAUAAUUUGUUUGGCCUAUUUGAAUAUUUGCACGGCAUACCCUAUUAGUAUAGUGCUUGUUAACUAUCGCUCAAAUACCUCUGUGUAAUGUGUGGUGAAUUACAAAAAGUUCAAACAUAAGCUGCCACAAACUACAAGGGAAAAGAUGGAAGAGUAUAUGCUCUGCAUAGCAGCAGUCUUUUUGGGGUCAUACACUUACAGCGUACACCAUGUCCCCUCUGGGCACAAAUGAUGCGUCAGAAACGCAGCCAACCCAACGUUUUCCAAUGAGAGCAUUCUCAAUGCGUCAGUGGAAGGCCCAAGUGAAUGGAAUGGAUUACAUUUAUGCAACCCUUUCCAACAGAAAGGAUCCAUCUAUCAAUCGAAUCUGAGCAAUGACAUUUCUCCUCCUGCCUCAAUUCCCUCUGCUCUACCUCAUACCCACACGCAUGCAGUGGACCACCAUGCAUCGUUGCAUGUGGUUUGGUAUGAAGCCACCUUACGUUUGACAUAAAGUAUGAGCACAGUGUAAGUCCAUACUAUUACAAAAUAUCCAACAUUAGCGGUACACCUACAGUAUAAACCCCCCAUCAUGUCAAAUAUUCCUUACAAUGGUGAUGUCACCGCUUGUCUAAAUUUUGUUUUCUACCUUGGGGAGGUGAAUCAUUAGUAUGUCAUUAAAAUACACUGAACAAAAAAUAUAAAUGCAACAUGCAACAAUUUCAAAGAUUUUAAUGAGUUACAGUUCAUAUAAGGAAAUCGGUCAAUUUAAAUAAAUUCAUUAGGCCCUAAUCUAUGGAUUUCACAUGACUGGGAAUACAGAUAUGCAUUUGUUGGUCACAGAUACCCUAAAAAAAAAGGUAGGGGCAUGGAUCAGAAAACCAGUCAAUAUCUGGUGUGACGACCAUUUGCCUCAUGCAGCGCAACACAUAUCCUUCGCAUAGAGUUGAUCAGGCUGUUGAUUGUGGCCUGUGGAAUGCUGUCCCACUCCUCUUCAAUGGCUGUGCAAAGUUGCUGGAUUUUGGCUGGACCUGGAACACGCUGUCGUACACGUCAAUCCAGAGCAUCCCAAACAUGCUCAAUGGGUGACAUCUCUGGUGAGUAUGCAGGCCAUGGAAGAACUGGGACAUUUUCAGCUUCCAGGAAUUGUGUACAGAUCCUUGCGACAUGGGACCAUGCAUUAUCAUGCUGAAACAUGAGGUGAUGGCAGUGGAUGAAUGGCACGACAUUGGACCUCAGGAUCUCGUCACGAUAUCUCUGUACCUUCAAAUUGCCAUUGAUAAAAUGCAGUUGUGUUCAUUGUCCGUAGCUUAUCCCUGCCCAUACCAUAACCCCACUGCCACCAUGGGGCACUCUGUUCACAACGUUGACAUCAGCAAACCACUCGCCCGCAUAACGCCAUACACGCUGUCUGCCAUGUACCCGGUACAGAUGAAACCGUGAUUCAUCCGUGAAGAGCACACUUCUCCAGCGUGCCAGUGGCCAUCGAAGGUGAGCAUUUGCCCACUGAAGUCGGUUAAAAAUGCCAAACUGCAGUCAGGCCAAGACCCUGGUAAGGAUGACGAGCACGCGGAUGAGCUUCCCUGAGACGGUUUCUUACACUUUGUGCAGACAUUCUUCACUUGUGCAAUCCCAGUUUCAUCAGUUGUCCAGUUUGCUGGUCUAAGAUGAUCCCGCAGGUGAAGAAGCCGGAUGUGGAGGUCCUGGGCUGGCGUGGUUACACGUGGUCUGCGGUUGUGAGGCUGGUUGGACGUACUGCCAAAUUCUCUAAAAUGACGUUGGAGGCGGCUUAUGGUAGAGAAAUUAACAUUCAGUUCUCUGGCAACAGCUCUGGUGGAUAUACCUGUAGUCAGCAUGCCAAUUCCACGCUCCCUCAAAACUUGAGACAUCUGUGGCAUUGUGUUGUGUGACAAAACUGCACAUUUUAGAGUGGCCUUAUUUUGUCCCCAUUUCAAGGUGUACCUGUCUACUGAUCAUGCUAUUUAAUCAGCUUCUUGAUAUGCCACACCUGUCAGGUGGAUGGAUUAUCUUGGCAAAGGAGAAAUACUCACUAACAGGGAUGUAAACAAAUUUGUGCACCAAAUCUGAGAGAAAUACGUUUUUGUGCGUAUGGAAAAUUUCUGGCAUCUUUUAUUUAAGUUAAUGAAACAUGGGACCAACACUUUACAUGUUGAUUUUUAUAUUUUUGUUCAGUAUACAUAUUUGUAUUUCGGUACUAUAACUUUGUCUAGUGGAGCGCCAUGGUUUCUUCAGGGUAUAUUUCUGCGGCAUGCAGGCAGUUGUCUGUCUCCUUGUAUUCUGAGCAUGAUGUAAAUGUUGGGUUCAGUGGAAUGUUAAUGGUUUGGAACAUCAGUUAUGUUGUGAUGAUCGUCAUUAAGAGACUCUCAGGGUGCUGGUGGCUCUGCAGUUUAAAAGACAGGAGAAGUUCAUUACCAUAUGCUGUCCUCUAAUGUCUUUCUGCUCUGGACAGAGAUUUCAUUUUAAGUUAUUUCUCUCUCUCUCUGUAGUUGUGACUUCACUUUCCUUUUUAUGCUGUAAUUUUGUGUCUGGACAAGUCUCACUGCAUUUUUUCAGGCCCGUACUCAAUCAAUACUUUCGGCAGUGAUGGACGUUUUUCGCCAGGAUGACACGCAUUUACCGUCUGUUUUUAUGUAUUACCCCUUAUGCACACGCAGACACUAUUCAGCAGUAAUCCAGUGUCAGGGUUUCUAUGUGUCACAGGAAACUCUCCAGGGACACUCAUAUUUAUGGGCCAUUCCAACACACACCCAUUUAUCAGGUCCGUUUUCACCCACUUCAGCAGAAAAUAAUGGCCCGUGGAACCUAAUUGCUGCAUCAAGCAAACGCACUCCUUCGUAAAAAGAUAAACAAGGAGGCAGCUAUAACAGCUAACAGGAAAUCCUGCAGAUACAAAUGUUUUCUCUGUCAGAGCCAUUUACCGGUCCUCUAGUCUAGGCUAUCAAACUGGCUACGGUUUUUACUAAUGAAAAUAGGUGCCCUGUCACCAUUAUGGAAAAUCAGUGACAUUGCUUUCCCUCUAGCAGGCUUUGGUGUAGGGGUAGAUAGAUAUAUUUAUUUGACCAUUUAAAACACAAUACAACCACAUGUGGAUAAUGCAUUGAAAAUCAUUGAGGAUGACACAAAACAGUUUGAAAACGUAUUUCCAUUGUGGUCCUCUUCCUGAUUUGGCCUCGUUUUGAAGAUUGCUCAUUAAGAAAUUCUAGUGGCCAUGACUGAAGCCAAUUGAGAGUUAUCUUGGAGGUGUGGUUUGAUAUGGGUGUGUUAUGUCCGCAUAUUGUACCCUGACAGGUACAGUUGUUUUUGUUUGUCCCUCCUGAGUCACCAUAGCAACAACAUAGCCACUUCCUCAAAAUAGUCACUUCCUUAAAAUAGUCCGAAUGAAUCUAAGAUAAAUCAAGAAAGCUGUAAUUAAUUUAGACGUUUUUGCCAAGGAGGUCCUAGUAACGCAAUUUUACAUGAGAACAAUAACAUGUCUGCAAGCUGUUAAACUAUCGUAAAUAAAGCUGCAAGCUACACGUUGUUUAUCAGUGCCCAAAAUCACUUGCUAGGUAGCUAAGUUCCAACUCUGUGUUUGUCAAUGAAGCUAGCAAGUAGUAGCCAGCAGGCACAUUGAGCAGCCAGGCCUCAAUCAGCUUAUCAAGUCACUGGCGAGUGGUGACGUGUGGGCUUCAGUGGCGUUCAAUUUUUUACAACUUUCUCACUAUCUUUUACAAGAGUGUGAGUCUGUCUGGCAGUGUUUCAUAGGGAAUCAUGUUACAAAACAGGUCGUGGAAGGACACAAAUGCUCACAAAUGGGUUUUGGAAUAUUUUACAAGUUGCAGUUGUGAUUGUCUCAAUUCUCAUUUUGCCCAAAAAAGGGGCAGAUUCGAGCGAUUGACACUAUCAAACACAUCAGCAAGUGGCCACUCCAUAAAAGGCUUAGGACCAAGGGUUAUUUCAACAUAAAAUUGACGACGUGUUGUCUUAUGUAAACAAGUCUGAGGCGCUGCGUAAUGGGCAGGUCUGUCUCACUGUCUGGAGGUUUUGGCUGCUAUGAUUGGAUAAAGCGCGUGCAGCUGAUAGAGCGCAAUCAGCACAGCUGCUUCUCUCGUGUUAGUGGGCACUGGGCAAGUGGGCAUGAUCAUAGUCCAUACCCAGUAAGUUGUGAUGAACUCACAAAACUCAGUUUUGGAUGAGACUGACUUUAUGACCAAAAUUAUCCUAUUUACACUUUGUAGUAAAUUUCGACACUAGAAUGAAUGUUUCUGACUCAUACCGAUGCCACACAGGCUGUUUAAAACCAAAGGAGAGGGUUAAAACAUUUACAAACAUAAACACAGAAGGCCUAGGCUACACAGUAGAGCUAGCCUACUAGGCAUACUUGGGUUACACAUAUAACACACAACAAAAUAAAGGACAGGACGACAUUGUCAUAGCCAUAGAGCAGGACUCCCUCAGUAGAUCAGUGAUCACAGUCUCCUAAACUAAAGUUAGAGGAUGGCUUGAUGAUGGUGAUGCAGUUCAUGCCACAUGAGGGUGAUUCAGUUUGCUUGCCGACUCUGAUGUUAUCCUCGGUCUCUGUCUAGCCUUUGAUGCCAGGUGAUGGUGAUGGAGUUGGCUUGCUGCAGGGUCACUCUGUCUUCUCUCUGCUGUUCUCUCCUCUAGGUGUGGCAGUGUGGGGGGAGCAUGGAGGUGCUGCCCUGCGCCAGAGUGGCGCACAUCGAGCGGACCAAGAAGCCAUACAACAACGACAUUGACUACUACGCCAAGAGGAACGCCCUGCGGGCCGCCGAGGUCUGGAUGGAUGAGUACAAGUCCCAUGUCUACAUGGCCUGGAACAUCCCCAUGAAUGUGAGUGUAACCAUAGUCUCACAGCGCUUGACCUAUGAAGAAACCUAGACUGGCUAGAGUCAUGGCUUGUGUAUCCAUAGAAAAAUUAUUACAUUCUAUGACACAACAGGCAUUCUAUUUCUAGUCUAAAGGAGGUGGUUCGAUGAACCAAGCACGUGAUGAGUAACCUUGGUUGAGACCUGAAGACUUGUGUUAACACAGUCUUAUGGUUCACAACGCAGCUGGUCACAAGAGCCUGGCUGGUCUUUCACCCCACCCAUCCAUCCAUCCCAUCCUCACCACUUGUUCAUUCAGACCAGCAUCCUGUUCUGUGCCGAGCGGGGUGGGCCCCUCUAGACAGACUGCUAGGCCUCAAUGGAUAUUCAGAUUUCAUUCCACUCGACCUUCAGAGCAGCUCAGUGAGAUCUGAACGACGACGUCAGGCUCUGAGUGGUGGAGCGGAGCGAAGAGCUGAAACCAAAUGAAUGACUAAUUUAAUCAGUGCCACUUUCAUACACAUCAGUUAAGACAUAAUUGCUUUCAAGGGCCUUUGAAUUAGGCGUGGAAAAUAAUAAACAGCUAUUUUCAAUAACAAAUAAAAAGGGAUUAAUGGAGAAUACUAAUUGCCGUGUCUAGUACAGGAGUACUGCAAUGAUCUGAGUGGCACAGCGUGCAGUGACAAUGCUUUAAAACAUGGCCUGGUAGUAAUUGUAAUGUUUUCAAGACAUUAUUGUCAUUAGAAACAAGCUUUGGAUUGUGUUUCACUCAAACAAGGCCUCCUGUACAGGGGCACAUUACGAUAAUGAGCCCAGGGAGGCCAAUGCUUCUCUUAAUAUGGCAGAACGCUAAUUCAAAACACAGGGCGAGGCACAAUGGAUACAUGCAAGAGGACAGUAACUAAGACAGCACCCUAUAGACAAACUGCCUCAUUGCCCAACAUUCUUCGUCCAAUGUAAUUACGAACACAGUGGUACAGCGCUCUAUUAACCCUUUGUCCCAUGGUGCAGAGUUAUUUUGUGCGUAAUGCUAUAACUAAUAUAUCUCCCAUUCCCAACACCACACACACAGAAUCACAUAGUGUUGUUGUUGGUUAGGGAGGCUAGAGGAGAACACAAUUACUCUGGUAGGAGGGCAGGGUCUAUAAUUCACUGUGAUUACUACCAUCAUGUAGUCCAAACAACAUCUCCCAAAUGGAAUGUAUCUGUUAUAGCUAAUCCAAAUAACAGGGGACAGGGGAAUGCCUGUGCUCAUUAUUCACAAAUAUUAAAAUAUGGCUGAUACCCGUGGCUGGCAGUAGUGAAGUAUGCUUAAAGGCCCAGUGCAAUCCAAAACAUGAUUUUCCUGUGUUUUGUAUACACUGAGUAAUAUUAUAACUCCUAAUAUUAAGUACAACCCCUUUUGCCCUCAGAACAGCCUUAAUUUGUCGAGGCAUGGACUACAAGGUGUAGAAAGCAUUCCACAGGGAUGCUGGCCCAUGUUGACUCCAAUGCUUCCCACAGUUGUGUCAAGUUGGCUGGAAGUUAUUUGGGUGGUGGACCAUUCUUGAUACACAUGGGAAACUGUUGAGCGUGAAAACCCCAGCAGUGUUGCAGUUCUUGUCACACUCAAACCUGUGCGCCUGGCACCUACUUCCAUACCCUUUCAAAGGCACUUUUUUUCUACCCUUUUUCCCUCCAGCAAUCUUUUGAGGCCUCCAUUUUUCUAACUACAUAAAGUGUAGUCAUUAAUUAAUCUACACUGAUUGAAGUGGAUUUAACAGGUGACAUCAAUAAGGGAUCAUAGCUUUCACCUGGAUUCACCUGGUCAGUUUAUAUCAUAGAAAGAACAGUGUUUUGUACACUCAGUGUAUAUUUCCACACUAUGAGGUUGGAAUAAUACUCAGAAAUUGUGAAAAUGCUGAUAAUGCCCUUUUAGUGUAAGAGCCUUUUGAAAAGACAGCCUGAAAUUUCAGCCUGUUUUGGUGAGUUUUGGCCUGCCUUGUUACAUCACAAGACCAAUAAGAGUUCCAAAACCUCUCUGCCAAUAACAGAUAGUUUUCUGUUUCCCCCUCCCCACUCAGACCACUCCCAGUCAGUCUUAGCAAAAUUCUUGCUUAAGAAAUUGCUCUUUGCUAAGAAGCUAUUUAUUUUGUAUUUUUUGCCGUUUUAAUUGAAACCAAUCACAGUAAGGUACUUAAUUGUUACCAACAAAUUAUUUGAUGUUGAGAAAACCAACGGCUGCAUUGGACCUUUAAGGUUUAGAAACAGUGAGUCUUUCUCUUAAUGAGGCAGUGCAUGUCUGCUGUGGAGGCCAGGGCACAGUGCAGAGCUCAGAGCAGAGCAGAGCAGAGCAGUUAUUAAGCAUUCCCCAAAUCAGUUUGGGAAGCCACCUCCAUGCACAAUGCUGCCCGGCGUGGCAGGGCCGUGAACACUCAUAAUUAAGCAGCUGAUUAGAAUUUGCACAGCAUACUGUCAUGUCUAAUGAAAGAACAAUGAGUGUCCCACAUGACAGCCUCCAUCCAUCCAUCUCUUAACCAAACACUCUUCUUCUCUCAGGCUCCUUCUUUUCUUUUCUUUUCAUUUUUUCUACCCUUUUUCCCUCCAGCAAUCUUUUGAGGCCUCCAUUUUUCUAACUACAUAAAGUGUAGUCAUAUGUUGCUUAGCUUAAGUAAUUGUGUCCUGGUUUAAUGUGAUUUCUCCCUGUCUGCUACCAGAACCCUGGGGUUGACUAUGGGGACGUGUCUGAGCGGGUGGCCUUGAGGAAGAGGCUGCAGUGUCGAAGCUUCCGUUGGUACCUGGAGAAUGUCUACCCAGAGAUGCGCAUCUACAACAACACCAUCACGUAUGGGGAGGUGAGACAUUCCCUAUUCACUAUCAAUAAUAGGUUUACAAUACAAAAACAGAAGCAGGUUUUGAGUGGAAUACAUAUACUGGAUGUAGUGGAAUACCUGUACUGGAUUUAGUGGAAUACCUGUUUUGGAUAUAGUGGAAUACCUGUACUGGAUAUAGUGGAAUACCUGUACUGGAUGUAGUGGAAUACCUGUAUUGGAUAUAGUGGAAUACCUGUACUGGAUGUAGUGGAAUACCUGCACUGGAUGUAGUGGAAUACCUGUACUGGAUUCAAUUUUCACAACACAAUACAAAAACAGAUGUAAUAUGUGCAGUCUACUGUGUGUUUGAAGACAAUAACAUUCUAUAAAGAAUAAAAACAUCACAUUAGUUUGCCAAGAGCUCAUUCAUUCAUCAACCCACACAUUCUUGAAAUCUCCUCUUCUGUUGAAUUAUCUUGUCUCUUGCAGUGAUUGCAGGGUGUGCUUUGUUGUAAGGAAUGUUUCAGUAUAAGAAGCAGUGUUUGCUUUAAUCUCACAUACAGUGUUAGGCAAGCUAUGUUCAAAUACUGUAUGCACAAGCAAUCUAUCGUCGACAGUGUAUUUCAUCCCGUCUGCACUUCAAAGAUUACAUGUUGAAGGGAAAUUAAUUAAUUCACAGGGAGUCAUCGGAAGGUAAAGGUAUCAUGUUUCCAUAGCAACACGGCGCAGCUACAAGAUUCAAUGCAAUUUCCCCUUAAUGAGAUUUAAUUAAACAGUUAUUACCUUUCAGUGCCUACUUGAUUGUUUUGGGCUCGACUGCUCAACCCUUCACAGCGGAAAAGAUUAUGACAGGAUGAGAAAUUGAAUGCAAGAAGUCAGACAGUCAAUUCGGGAAUCAUUGUAAAAUAAAAGUUAAGCCUUUUACUUAUUGAUUUCAAAAUCAGAGAAGGGGAAGAAAAUCAAUAAGCCUUUUCAAAUAUGUGGCCGGCAUAUAUCAGAAGUAAACUACAGAUUCAUCAAGCAGCACAAUGUUGGUGGCCCUGGUUUUUCUCCAAUCUUGAUAUGUAUGCUCUCUAUGCCGGUGUCUUGCAAAAUGAUUCCUCAAAGCAGCUCCCAUUUAGGUGGCACUAUUUUAAAUCUGCGACAAGCAACGGAACAGUUACCUUGUGUUGCCAUAGCGCAGCAGCUGAAGCUCAUCUGUCAUUGGAACCUCAGCUGCACCCCCUGCACUGACCAGACCAGCAGAGCGGAACCUAUCUGACAACACAACAUGAUAGAUAUCUUCACAGGGUGGAAAUAAAGUGAUACACAUUCAAAUCACAUACCUCCACAAACACAUACCUCCACUAACACACACUACCAUCUGGACUAGGAGUCUAGGAGAUUGAAGAGGUUUUUGUUGCUUACAUGAUACCCUAUCGUAGAUUAAAAUUACAUCUCUCAUCACUAUAGUGUGUAGAUGAUUUCUUUAUGAGACAUUGUGAGAUGACAAAGUGCCAUUGCAUUUGCUAAGGGACAGAUUUACUAAGAGUUACCUUUUACAGUAUUUUCUAGACCAGAGGUUCUAAAAAAUUAUAGAAAAGGUGUUGGAUAAGAUUGUUAUAACAACAGAUUUGAGUUUAUACCAUUUAUUCCCUUCUGAAAAUAACAAAUGCUAACUUUAACCUGAAUCAGGAACAAUAAGGUCUCUGUGUUGUCUGUUGUGUUGCAGGUCAGAAACAGUAAGGCCAGUGGCUACUGUCUGGACCAGGGAUCAGAGGACGAUGACAAAGCCAUCCUCUACCCCUGUCAUGGGAUGUCCUCACAGGUUAGCAGAUUUCACUCCAAUUCUCUUUGGUAUAUUUACAAAUAAUAUAAAGACUCAUUUUCUUCACUAAAUAGCAGGGUUUGAGCAUUAUUCUUACAUUAUACAGUGUAAUGCCAUGGGAUGACACUCAUCUCAUUAUUGACAGCCAAGCAAAAUAACAUUUCAUUUUGGGGAAAAAGCUCAGAAUUGUGAAUAUAUUCUGCUAAAUGUGGUUUUAAGAAGUCUAGGCACUACAAAGUCCUCCUGGAGUGGAAGUAAUUAAUCAGCUAAUAGCUUUUUGCUUUCUUAUUUGUUUGUUCUAAUAUUCUAAUCCAUGGCCUCUAGAACCCCCUGAAAGUUCCAUUAGAGAAUGUUCACUAGGUGCUGACCUGUGAGUGUCAGGGCAAAAGGGGCUUUGCCACUAUUUUCGUUGUGCACAUGCAGCAAAACAAAGCUCACGCCUGAGAAACAAUCAUGCAAAUAUUAUUCAUGGCUGAUUUUUUCCCCCCUCCAGAUGCGGAGUGACAUGUUUAUUAUCAGUCGCAUGCUGAAUAUAAAUAAAUUGUUGAGCACUGGCUGGCACUUUCCUCCUGCCCUCCUUCUGAGAGAGCUCAGUGCAGUCUAGUAAUGUAAAGCUACAUCAAGUAUUUAAUCCUAACCUCAGGGGAAAUAAACAAAUGGAAAUGAAUUUUAUGCCAUUGUAUCAUUAGAUUACAACGAUGACUGGCACUACGCUACGACACAGGACCCAAUUCCAUUUUUGGAGCCGUUUAGAUUUUACUGAACCUAUCCAAAUACGUAUGAAAAAUGUAAUUGUGCUGAAUAAAUCUUUUUUGCACCUCUUAAAAAUGUGUCUGUUUCCACCAUGCCUCCUGUAAGGAGAUUUAAAACCAGGAGGACAAUGGCACACCUUGUCCAUUUGGGCUAAUCCUAAUAUAGGGCAUGGCAGAGGAUGGAGGUUCCAGGCCCAGGGUCUCCCCACUCAACCUCCCAGCAGGAAUCCCAGCUAUGUAUGGUGUACAUGGAGCACUGGAUGUUGCUCCCUGUUUUCUGUUUGCACCACUUAUGCUAAGAGGCCUCUUAAGUCCCCAGCCAGGGGCUCUGUAGUAGUCAUGGUCUGCAUCCCAAAUCACACCCUUUCCCCUAUAUUGUGCACUACGUUUGACCAGGGCCCAUAGGGAAUAGGGUGCCAUUUGGGACACAACAGGGUGUUUCACAUCACACACUGGUCUCCUGCUGUGGCUCAGCCCCCAUAGGGAGAGGACAUGUCCUGUGUUCUGUCCAGGCUACUGUACUGUACGGUGAGCCUGCCUGCCUGGGCCAUACAUGUAACAUAAGCCUGCAUGGCCCCUCUCACAGUACAGUAAUCUCAGUGGGACAUUGUAGCUCAGUUGGUAGAGCAUGGUGCUUGCAACGCAAGGGUUGUGGAUUCGUUUCCCGCGGGGGGGGGGGGGGGGGGGGGGGGGGGGGGGGGCAGUAUGAAAAAUGUAUGCACUCACUAAUUGUAAGUCGCUCUGGAUAAGAACGUCUGCUAAAUUACUAAAAUGUAAAUUGGAUCACAUUGCAGUGCUGUCGCUCCUUGGUAGAGCGAGGGGCGUAGGGGGGAUUACCGUAGCAGGAGGUCUACCUCUGAAAUACUUCCUCCUAUACAAUAACACACAAACAUCAUUUACUGUGCUCUACCCCUCCUGUGUUAAUGAGCCAAUUGGUGAACACAUGAUUAGCCUGACCCAAAGAGGCUCCCCCCCAAACCUUAUGGCGCCAAGAAAGUAAUCGAGCAUCAGCUUCUAAUAUAAUGCUUUGCAAACAGGUUGAUUGGCUUGGCAGAAUAAUUUCCUUAUGUUGGCUAAUUAUUUUUAAUAGUAAAAUUUUAACUGCAUUAGGAAAUAAAGGCAUCCACUCCGUAACGCUGUCAACACAUUUUAACAGGGAUUAUAUGUCUUUGGCCUGUGCCCAGUUCUCGUUUACACUACUCAUAAAUCAUAUUUUGACGCCAUUUACUACACAUUACACAACCGUAAACACUAGGAUGGAAAAUCCUUUUUAGGUAUUUUGAAGGAAGAAAAACCAAGAGUGAAAUGAAUGAAUUACAAAAUAAAUCACUUAAUCGUUUAAGGUCUAUUAGCCUUGCUGUCAGGCAGGAACCCACUUCCAAACUGAAGUUUGCAGCAGGCAACAUAUAGUUUAAAAAACCUUUCUUGGUAUUUGAAACACUUUCUCUUGGUAUUUCGAUAGAAAUAGUGAAAAGACAAUCAGCCACAGGACCUUAACCAGGCCCAAGGUACUACACUUUUUUAAAAAAUUCUAACCAUAGCCUCCUUCGAACAAGAGUACCUUGAAAAGUCUGGACAAAGACGUGGUGAACCCAUUCCAUAUUUUUCAUAUGUUCCAAAUUGGUGUCUCUUAAUCUUUAUAAGGUUUCUAUGAGUGCAGCCUUCUGCUAAAAGAGCACUCCCAGUCACCUUCAGUCAUAGCUACAGUACAGCCUGUUACCCCCACAUGAGCUGGCUGGUAUAUCGUUUAUCCAGCUCUGAGCAUAUCAACCGGAAGCUAUCAGCAGCCAUUCAUUCAGCUGCAAGGCUAGGCUCACAUAUUGUCCAUCUAAGCCAAGUCAUCAACAGUAUGGGUUCAAAAGCAUUCAGUUACAUUGAUCGACCUCCUCUUGUUCUGGUUCAUACAGUUACGUGUAGCUCCGUUACAAUACCCCCGCUUAGCUGGAUGACUGUGGAACAAUGGAGAAGAGCAGCAUUUCACAGUGUGUGUCAAGUGGGCUAUAUUGAAGACCCCCCUAUCUUUGGCAUCUAAUUUCUGUGAGAGGAUCAGUGUAAUGAAUAAUAGAUGUUAACUCUACUGUAUCCUUAUGUAAAAGAUAUGAGGCACAGACAUACACCAUUUCAUGUACUGGAUUAAACAUCUAGGGAUCAUGUUUGGUUGGGAAAAUCUUUAGCAUUAAUUAACUAUAUACUCUCUAUCUGUAUAUAAUGCCCUAGGAAAGCCACAUAAUAGACUUAGCUCCAAAAAUAUUUAAGAUAAUUGAAGUCUGCAUACGGUUAAUGAAUUUGCUCAUUGGAUGAUGAAAAUACCUUCCGGUGCACUGCAAUAUCUAUGAACUACUUGCCAAUUUUAUUUGCAGCAUUUACUCAAAUGUGCAGUAUUUUGGAUCCAUGCUUAUUUUUGCUACAAUCAAAUGAACUGCCUGAUGUUCAUCUCUGUUUCAGCUUGCCCGUUACUCAACAGAGGGGCUUCUACAGCUAGGACCCCUAGGGUCGACCACCUUUCUGCCUGACACCAAAUGUCUCAUCGACGACGGAAGAGGGCGCACGCCCAGCUUGAAAAAAUGUGACUCUGUUUCGCGGGUUUCCCAGAGGCUGUGGGAUUUUACACAGGUAAAAACAAAAACACAAAUCAAAUAAUUGAUCAAUGUUUCUGAAAAGAGCCUCUGGCUUCUUUGGAAUAACUGAGUCAUGUAAUGCAUACAUAUAGAGACAUUGAGGUAAAAUACAUUGUUAUUUAUAAUAGGAUGAGCCAUGUGUUAAAUGUUAGAUUAAAUGUGGUUGCUGCUGGUAAAGGUCCCUCCAUUGCAGAAGACUAUGCAAAAUCCCACUGAGUCAUAGCAAAACACAUUUCCCACAUUAAUUCAGUGCAUUCGCAUUCACAACUGGCUCAUGGCCGAAGGAAUAGAAGGAUAAUAACAAUGUGGAUUCUACUCUGAAGUGUUCCUGUACUGAGUAUAAUAACACUAUUUGAACCAUAAUAUCUACCAUCAGGAUUAUGGAGAGUGAUUUGAGGUUACGCAAAGUUAUUUGGAAGAAUGUGUUCUUUUUCAAUCUCAGUGUUUCUGAUAUGAUCUUUUCCCAUCUUGUUUUACAGAAUGGUCCAAUCAUCAGCAGGGACACUGGACGGUGCCUGGAGGUGGAGAUGUCCAAAGAUGCCAACUUCGGCCUUCGACUGGUGGUGCAGAGGUGUUCUGGUCAAAAGUGGAUGAUACGGAACUGGAUAAAGCAUCCGAGGCAUUGAGGCAAGACAUUAUCUCUGAGAAAAUAAUACCAUUUCAGUCUUGGAGGGCAAACCCAUGGACAGACAGUCAGAGAGCAUUCCAUAUGAGAUAGCUAUAGGCCCUUCGACUGAUGAGAUGAGUAGUUCACAGUGUGUGGACUCUUCUAUGGACUGUGUGCACUGUGCCCUCCCCUUAGGGCAAAGAGCUUUCAACUGCUGAAUAUAUGUUUUCAGCUGAGCUGGGGGUCAAACAUGGAGAGCAUACCAUAGGCCUACAGCGAGCUAUACAGUACUGUUUGAAAUGCUCUACAUUUUUACAGAACAUCCACCUAUGUACAAAAAUAAUAAUAAGACACUGGAAUGCAACUCCCAAGGGGGUUCAACACUGACAAUGACAAGCAAUGUGUUUUUGGUAUAAAGCCAAUCCCAGGAAUCUUUGCAGAUCAAAAGAUGAAAUUGCUUAUCAGUCACCAUAUCAACAUAUAAUUACUUCAGGCUAUCAUUUGGAGAAUUGCUUUGGACAUUUCACUAUCCUGUUAAGAGAUUUAAUAUGCUUCAAAAAGCUGUUCGUCCUCCUGAUGAACUGAUCAGGAUGCAAAGCAACUACUGUUCUCACAAAUACAAAAGGAUAUUAUUUUCUCUUUUUCUUUUUGACUGUAUUGCUCGCCACUGAUUAUCAGAGCAAUAACGUGCCUUUUUCCAUCCUUAUGCUUCAUCUGACCAGGGAAUGUCAAUUCCACAAGCAUGUACAAAUGAGUUUAAAGUAAUUAAUAUAUAAACCAAUGUAAAGAUGUCUAAAUAAUAGUAAUAUAUUGUAAAAUUCAAAUUGGUAUUAGUCCUCCAAGAACAGUUAGGAUAAUAAAAUGUUUUUAUGAUGACCCAGGAGUAUAUUUUGUAAAACUGGAUUCAUUCAAGAAUUCUAGAUUUUAAACCAUUGUUCACAGAGCCAGGUAGUGUACAUAUUGGAACAUUUCAAGAUUUCUAAAGAUGUUCCUUACCCACAAUGCUGUUCACUGCAUGUUACAUGGAAGCCAGGGCCUAUUUUUACAGAUGUAAAGACAGAUGCUGGUGGUUGUUUGACAGCAAAAGCACAAUUACCUGCCUUUGUUGUGUUUCCACUUACAGCCUCCUACUGGAUUCUGGCCUCACAGCUCUCUAAUCGUUAAAAUCCACCCACAGGAUAACAGGUCUUCACAAAGUACUGAAAGCGUUCCAAUUUAUUACGCUCAGCAAGAAACUCUUUCCCCACUGUAUUUUCUGAUGCCCGGACAACUUUGAAGAUAAAUAAUUUUC